UACUGUAGCGCUUCUCUUGACAUCAACGCGAACUCCUCUCACCAAGGCGGAAGUUAACAAUCCGAGAAGACUCUUCUUUAACUGUCAAAGUCCGACAUGAAAGCCAUCAGUCCCGUUCGCUCAGGAAGAAGCUGCUACAAGGCCGUGUGCUGCAUUUCGGAGCAAAGCGUGGCGAUCGGCCGGACGUCGAAGCAGCAGCAGCAGCAGCAACACGCGUGCGUGGAGGUGCCGGCGGGUGACAUGAACGACUGCUACUCACGAUUGGCAGCCCUGGUGCCGAGCAUCCCCCGCAACAAGACGGUGAGCCAGGUGGAGAUUCUGCAGCACGUCAUUGACUACAUCUUCGAUCUACAAAUCGCACUUGAGGCCGAAGAGGCUCCGAGGCGCUUGUCGAAAAAGACUGCUGACCUGACCAGAACUUUCUCCAAAGAUGAAGGGCGUUUGUGCCAUUAGGAUAUAUCAUGUCUCAUCAUGGUGCAGGGAAACACAUGUCUCCACUUCACUGCAGGCCAGAAGAGCACGCGGGGGGGUUAAGAGAGGGUGGGAUAGGUAUGCAGACGAGAUGGAAAGCGAUGACUGCUUUUCUGCUUGCUCCGUCCGGGAUGGACACAUCAACACACCAAAGCUUCAUCAGGCCUCCAUUUUGGAUCCAUUCCUAUACUGCACCUUGAAAUAUUUGCAUUCCAGUUGUCACCCCUAUUUGUUUUCUCACCUCCAUACAACACAUGUACAUAUCUAAUUGGUGUGUAUGUGAGGUUUCUUUUUUUUUAUUAUUAUUAUAACAAUCCAGAAACUCUAUAAUAGAGUUACUUGUAAACGGUCUGUGGGGAUUGUGUUAUUUCCACGGAUGAUAUUCCACUGAGUUUCAUAAACUCCUUAUUGUAAAGUUUUUUUGUGUGUAAUAUGUUGUUAUGUCAUGGAAUAAACACAGUUUUAAAAAAAAAAAACG